AUGUCUUCCGCUCCGACCUUGGCUUUCAAGACACUCAAUUUCACGCCAGAAGAGCAUCCUUUCUACCACUACGAAGGCUUCCAGCCCGGUGUUUCUAGGCAUCUUCCGCGCGGACAUGUCUUGCGCGAGGGAUAUUGUGCUUUUCCUGUCGAUACCAUUCUCGACAUCGACAGCGCAGUCUCCAUGCGAGAUGGGGUUAAAAUCUACACAAAUGUAUUCCGACCUGCAGACGGAACUGAACAACCCGCUUUGAUUGCCUGGAGUCCUUACGGUAAAUGCUCUGGUGGAGUUGGUCCUUACAACUACGACAUAAUGGGUCCGUACCGGCUUGGAAUCGACUACAACGACCUCUCUGGCUACGAGACAUUCGAAGGACCUAAUCCUGCUGACUGGGUGGCGCGUGGAUAUUGUGUUGUCGAUCCUGAUGCUCGGGGCGCGAUGCAUUCAGAAGGCAAUCUUCAUUUCUGGGGUCCUCAGGAGGCGCAAGAUAUCUAUGAUCUAAUUGAGUGGUGUACUAAGCAGUCAUGGUGUGAUGGAACUGCCGUCUUGAUGGGUAACUCCUGGCUCGCAAUGUCGCAGAUUAAUCACGCUAGUACGUUCUGCCGCGGCGGCGUUACUGUGAAGGAAGACAAGUUUACACAGCUGAUUGCGGAAAACAUGGCUGGCUACAACGGCUGCGAGGAUAUUGGAAAAGCUCUCCAAGCCAGCUCCUUGAAUAACGAGUACUGGGACUCAAAGCGCAUAUAUGCCGAGAACGUCAAGAUCCCGAUGUACCUGACAGCGUCCUAUUCAUCACGCCUCCAUUCAUUCGGCUCCUUCGACUCCUUCGCCAAAGGUGAUUCUGAAAAGACAUGGUUGCGAGUCCACGCCAACCAAGAAUGGUAUGAUGUUUACAAGAAAGACAAAAUGGACGACCUGCAGAAGUUCUAUGACUGUUUCGCCAAAGGCAAAGAUAAUGGCUGGCAUGACACGCCACGCCUGAGGCUCUCGCUGCUAUCAAUGGUCAGCAGCGUCGUCCGUUCCGUCGUCGAGCGGCCAGAAGACACCACCACCUUCCCGCUUCCCCGCACAUAUCUAAAGAAGCUGUACUUUGAUGCUUCGGGCCUUGCUCUACAACUAGAUGCUAGCAAGCCCACUGCCGCAGCCAAAGCCACUUACGAAGGCCAUUCGUUGACUGACCAAAUCACCUUUACCACAACAUUCCCCACAUACACCGAACUUUCCGGGCUCCCCUGGGCCAAACUAUACAUGUCCUGCGCCGCGCACGACGACCUAGAUGUCCAUGUGCAAAUCCGCAAAAUCGGCAUCAACGGCAAUUUGCUCGCGCACAACAACUUCCCAGUACCCGUGCCCAUCCACAAGCUGAAUAACAGCAAUGUGGCGAAGUACGAAGGUCCCGCGGGCGCUUUGAGAGCGUCGCAUAUGGUGUCCCAAGAGCCGAAAAAGAAUGAGGAUGAUUAUCCGAGCUACACACAUCGUGUUAGGGAGUCGAUUACACCAGGGAAGAUAGUGGCGCUAGAAGUUCCGAUUUGGCCCUUAGGUAUGGUAUUCGGCGCAGGCGAGGGCAUUGCAGUCAUCAUCGCCGGUCAUGAUUGCAGGUUACCAGAAUUAGACGGCCUCGAGCCAACAGAGCCGCUGGACAUGAACGUAGGCAAGCACGUUUUACACACGGGCGGGGACAAAGCUUCAUUCCUAAUGCUGCCAUUCCUCGAAGGCUAG